CAAUCCAUACUUGAAAUACCUUUUCACAAGUGAAAAUUCUCAUUACAAGUAUGUAAAUCCUUCGGAAACGUUUGUGAACUCGACUUUUCGGUGAUUGCUUUACCAUAAAUCAUCGAUGUUGCGAUGUCCCAAAAUGAGGUUUUGCCUUCUCCGCGAACAGCGGCCUCCUGUGACCUUCAAAAUUUACAACCAUUUGCGAAUGUGCAGAUAGAUCAUGAAGUACCUGAUAAAAAUCCAUUGGGUAAAAAGGUAGAAAAAAAUAAACUGAAACGAAUAAUGCAACUCAUCACAUUAUUUCUGACUAUCUAUGUCUGUUACAAAUUGAUCAAAUUUAUAGCUUCAGGUCGUGAAGGGGUGUUUUGCCAAUCAACAUUAUGUAAACGAUCAGAACAACAUUUACUAAAUUCCAUUAACUUUUCGGUAAACCCCUGCGAUAACUUUUACGAAUUUGCAUGUGGCAAUUGGAAAGCAGUACAUCAAUUAGACGAUAAAAUGACCGGAACGAACGCUUUUCGUAUACUACAAGAAGAAUUAAAAUACAAAAUACAACAUUAUUUGGAUUCAGACGAUGAGAAAAACGAGCCCCUUGCGUUACAUCAAGCUAGGAAAAUGUAUCGACAGUGUUUAGACGAAGCCAAUUCCAAUAAAACAACGUUAUUCGGAGAGAUCGCGCAAACAUUACAGAAAGUAAAUCUUCCUGUAGUACCUCCUUAUUUAGUAGCAACGCCGAAUUUCAGUUGGUUCACAACAAUCGCAAAGAGCAAGAAAUACCUGGAUUUGACAUUUUUCAUUGAAUUCGAAAUUCAAAUCGAUCCGAACAACAGCACGAUAAAAAAAUUGGCGAUCGGACGACCAGAACGACUUUUACCUUUUUCAAAUCAACCAGCUAAUGAAAUGGGUAUUGGAAGAAGUCAAACGGGAGCUGAUCGUUUACGAUACAAAUAUUUAAAGAAGUUAGUGAAGCAUGCUUUCCGACAAGCCAACUUACGUUGGCCUCCAGAAAUGGAUCAAAUAUUUGCCAAAAAUUACGAAUUAUUUUUACAAUUUGCUGCUCAAUAUAGUACGAUACGAGAUAUGUUUUUCAAGACUGACGAAUACAUUUCACCUUACGUUUCAAUUACCGAUUUACAAGAAAUCACCGAUCAAAUUUUCCAUUAUAACGAAGAACGAAUAAUUUGUUGGAAACGCUUUUUUGAAAUGAUAUUUGAAGAGACGAACGUCCACUUGGAUUUCAAACACGACGAUCGAAUAAUUUUAGUACCGGAUUUCGCUUAUAUCGUAGAAAUACUGAACUUGCUAGCUACCACACCUAUGUACAUUGUUGAGUAUUACAUGUGGAUUGAAGUUACCAACGGAAUCAUACCGUAUACGAAUAGUGCUUUGAAUAAACGAUACAAUGACAUAUAUCGCAGUAUUACCGGAGAUGAGAAAGCUUCCAGGGAAACGUUUUGUUACAACAGCGUCAAAGAAAUAUAUCAAUCAAGUAUGGCUUACUUUUUGGUUCGCGAUAAUUCUGUGAAAAAGCAAUUUAAAAAGAUAUCAGAAAUUUUUGAAGAUAUUCGUUUUUCUUACAUGAAUAUGGUGAGUAAUGCAACGUGGAUUGAUGAGAAAACCAAGGAAAAGGUCGUGCAAAAGCUGGAGAGCAUUAGAUCAAAUAUUGGUUAUCCUAAAUGGAUGAACGAUAUCACACAAUAUUCAACAUACCAAUUGAAUGACAAUAGUUUUCUGCAGACAAUAAUGACACUGAAACACGAAAAAUUCUUGGAUCAUUUGACAUCAUAUCACCGUUCAGUAUCCGAAGAUGAAUGGUGGAAUGAAAUCAUCUUACACGUAGACACGUACUAUUCGAGGGAUUUUGAUGCGAUUGCCCUUCCGGUGGGAAUAUUGAAGUUCCCAUUCUAUCAACUCGGAUUAAAAGCUUUGGAUUAUGGGGCCAUUGGAAUGAUUAUAGGACACGAAAUGACACACGCCUUUGAUGCUCUAGGAUUGAAACGUGACACCGAACGUAAUUUAGAACUGAAGUGGAGUUUGGAUGCAUUAAGCACAUACGAAAAAAAAGCCAAUUGUUUCGUAAAUAAUUAUUACGAAUACACUGUCGGAACUACUCAUCAAAAAGUUGACGGACUUUUAACUUUGGAUGAAAACUUGGCUGACAAUGAAGGUUUACGUGUGGCGUAUCAGGCUUUUAAAAAUUACAUGAAAAAGAAUGGCAGAGAGAAGUUAUUACUUGGGCUAGAUCAUUACACUCCCGAGCAAUUAUUUUUCCUUGCAUUUGCGAAUACUUGGUGUGAACAUGGAAAUUCAGAAUCCAUGAACGAUGAUACCCACAGUCCGCGGCCAGUCCGGGUAAUGGCGACGUUAAGAAAUUCUGAAGACUUUGCAGAGGCCUGGAAGUGCAAGAAAGGUUCACCUAUGAACCCGGAUCGGGAAAAGUGUAAAUUAUGGUGAUGAAAGGCGAUGGAAGUCUGGAAGAUCAGUAUUUGAAUACCUAUUUUAAUUGAUACAUGCGUCAAGUCGGUAUUGCGUAAAAAGUCAUUUCGUGAAAAGAAUGAAUGAUUUUUGUGAAGUUGUAAUAUUAAUAAACUGCAGUACAAACUC